GUUUUAAUGUUUUUGCACAUUGCUAUGAACCGAUUUAGUAUAAAGAGAGAGUCUUCGCAGUUCACUUCAGUGUCUAGUUCCUAUAAAACAACAUGAACUUACUGAGUGUCCUUCUUCUCUUCUUCACCGUAUCAUCUGCUUUUGCCCAGAAAUGUGACUGUGGCAGUGGUCCUGUGGUGUACUAUCCUGACCCUCAGGUGGACUAUCCUGAUCCUGAGGUGUACUAUCCUGAUCCUGAGGUGUACUAUCCUGAUCCUCAGGUUUAUUAUCCUGAUCCUCAGGUGUAUUAUCCUGAUCCUUAUGUGUAUACAGGUCCUUAUCGAUAUAGACGGGAACUCAGAAGACGAAAGCGGUGCGCUUUUCACUGUGGCCCUUUUGGUAGUGGAUAACCAACAGCACAUGUUUCGAAAAAAAAUCCAAUUUACGGAGUAAGAAGUUUUUGUGCAAAUGUUACACUUAGUAAUUAGGCAUCAAAACAAUUCAAAGAUUUUAGGGACAAAAUAAUGAAGAUAAGUUUUCUAAAUAUGUUUAAAAAGCGUUAAAAUCUUUAAAAUCUUACUAAUAAACAG